GUAUAGGCAUAAGACAUCAAGUAAUCUAACAGUCGCAGUCAGGACAAGCGAGAGGAAAGGACUAUAAACUGGCUAAGCGUACUGACUAGUUCAUUGGUUGUUUAGGUUAUUUAUUCUAAGAUCCUUUUUUCGUGUGCUUUGUUCGGGUUGAUUCCAGUGUUUGACAGAUUGAGUCGUGAGACAUUUGCUGUCGUGCUCUCAUUUUUACAAUACUCGAGCCCAGUUUACGACCGAGAUGGUGUUCUACAAAGAAAGAGACAACGAGCGGCCGCUGCUGUCUCUUAUUCUACCGCAUCUUUACCUAGGUGCAGAAACUGAUGUUACACAGGAUUGCCUCACUGCUCGUGGGAUUUCUUAUGUGCUUAGUGUGAGCCGCUGCAGCCCGCAGCCCACAUUCCUGCCCUGCUCUCAGUACCUCCGCAUCCCCAUUGAUGACUCCCUCCGGGAUGACCUGCUACCAUGGAUCCCAGAGGCACUGCUCUUUAUUGAUGGGGCCAUGUCUGGUGGUGGCUCUGUGCUGAUCCAUUGUGCUGCAGGAAUCUCCCGCUCACCUGCCCUGGCUGUGGCCUACAUAAUGUAUCAUAUGGGAAUGGAUCUUGACCAUGCCUAUAGGUUUGUGAAAGAGCGCAGGCCCUCAAUUUCACCCAACUUCAACUUCCUGGGCCAGCUGCAGCAUUUCCAGGGCACUCUCAGUCAAAAAGACACCAACGACAACUCUGUCAUCCAGCCAGUCAAAUCUGUGGACGUGUGUUUGCAGUCCUCCAAGGAAAAUAUCAGAUGCACUUCCACCGUCCCUUUAUCAGCCAAUAAGAGCAUACAUUUCCUGGACAAAAGCUGUAUUACCAAGGACUUUAGUGAGGUAGUCAAAGUAUACAGUGAGAAUUCAAAUUACCACCCAGAAAAGACAGAGCAGAGAUAUUCACAUGUAGAUGAGUUUUUAGUUCCAAAUUCAUCAGGAAACCAACAACAGUCAGAGCAGAGGAGCACAUCACAACUGACUCUGUCACUUUCUAGCAAACUCAGGACUCUCACACUCAACCAAAACCAAAUGGAAGGCCAGGUCCCAUGUGAAGCUUCAAAGCCAAGCCCAAACGAACAAGAUAAAGCAAUAUUCAAGCCCACUCAACAACAAAUCCCAUCUAGCUUUGCAUCGCUGGCUGAGAAACGCAAGAGUCUCACACUCUCCUUGUCACCUGUCUCUGCAAAUCCACCAACUCAUCACCAGGCGGCUCCAAAGUGCAUCAAGGAAAACCUUGCUACCACCCACCAGACUGCACUCACCAGCACCUCUAAUACCAUAAACAAGCGGGACACAGGAUCUGCCAUUGGUGUAAAGAGAUGUAGCAGAAAGUCUUCAGUUGGGGUCAACUCCUCAGUGCAGUCAGACGAAAAUCUAAGGGAGACAAGUAUUUCUCGCUCAAAGGCAGCCAGACCUAAUAGUAGCUCUUCCCAGAACAAAAUGAAAGCAGAGAGGGAGGGUCAGGCUCAGCGACAGGACCAGCCCAGCCACCCUCAGAGUGUGGAGAAGAGAAAGCCUAACACAGCUCAAAAGCAAGGGAGGGGCCAUAACAAGGGCCAGGCAGAGAAUUGGCGCAGUUCCAUUAAGAGUCAGCGCACAACCAUAGUCUGCCAGCAGGUGCCGCCAGAAAAAAAGAUUGUUACGUCUGCCGUGGAGGCUCAGGAAGGUGUGGACUCAGACCAAAGUAUUCUGUCACCUCUGAGCCUCACUGUGAACAAGCUCUUGGGCUGGGGGGAGAGAAUGUUGCUCGGGGUGCUGCUGGGCCCCCGUAUUAAAGUGGGACAAGCCACUUUGCCAUACAGAUGCUGACAAGGGGAAGAGACCACUGACAAUGAUGGGGGGGGGGGGUAUUAGAGAAUACAUUGGACAGUAUCUUCUGUGUUUUAGAGAACUGUUAAUGAAACUAUGUGGAAUUGAUAGAGGAUGUAAAAAUGUGUAUACGUUUGUCGGGAAAUUGUAUCCUCCUUUGUCUGUUUGAGGAACUGAACUGCAUGUGUAAUUUAUGUCACAGAGCUCUGAUGGAAAGCUUUUGUCUAUUUAUUGUUUACUUAUUUUGAAAGCACUAUAUGUGUUAUAAAUCUGUGAGGUAUCUGCUCCCUACCACUGUACAUAAAGGCUUGAUUACCCUGAUUCCAAUUUCACUGACACAAAUGAAGUGUACGUUUUACUGUUCCUAUUUAUAUAAUUGAUAUUUUGACGAUGUUAUUUUAUGGCUUGUAAUGACAUCACGGUGGUCAUUAAAGAUGACAUAUUUUACUCUU